GAGUGUCAACGAUUGGGCUGAGUCGGAGACUUCCUUUCCUGAUUGGCCGUGUUGUACGGCGGCUUCUCGCGCAGCUGAGGACCUGGAAGUGAUGCCUAAAGCUGCGGACCGCGUGGGCUCGCCUCCCUGGGACUAGGUUUCAGCGGCCGCUGCGAUGACAAAAAUAAAGGCCGAUCCCGACGGGCCCGAGGCUCAGGCGGAGGCGUGUUCCGGGGAGCGCACCUACCAGGAGCUGCUGGUCAACCAGAACCCCAUCGCGCAGCCCCUGGCUUCUCGCCGCCUCACGCGGAAGCUCUACAAAUGCAUCAAGAAAGCGGUGAAGCAGAAGCAGAUUCGGCGCGGGGUCAAAGAGGUUCAGAAAUUUGUCAACAAAGGAGAAAAAGGGAUCAUGGUUUUGGCAGGAGACACACUGCCCAUUGAGGUAUACUGCCAUCUCCCAGUCAUGUGUGAGGACCGAAAUCUGCCCUAUGUCUAUAUCCCCUCUAAGACGGACCUGGGUGCAGCCGCAGGCUCCAAGCGCCCCACCUGUGUGAUAAUGGUCAAGCCCCAUGAGGAGUACCAGGAGGCUUACGACGAGUGCCUGGAGGAGGUGCAGUCCCUGCCUCUACCCCUAUGACGGGCUCCGGUAGCACCUGGGCACCUGCCGCUGGAAGCCGCUGGGCUGGUAGCAGGACGACUGGCUGUCCUCCUGCCCACCCACACUGAGGGCAUCUUCCCAGUUCCCCAAGGCACGCCUUCUUCCCAGGCAGCUCUAACAGCCCUUUCAUGAAGGUAAUGCCAGUCUUCUGUCCAUCAGUGCCAUUUCCUGUAGAACUAAAGGCUGUUCCAAGAAUGUGAGGUGGGGAAAGUAAAUGCUAAGACUAAAA